CUUAUUUUGUAUUUCUUUGGGCAAGGAACAAUGAUCUUUGCAUUUAAACCUUUUCCAUUACCCCCAGAAGCAAAAUAAGAGCGCCAACCGUCUGAGAAGAGUAUUAUGGUCUGUUAAGAGAUCAAGUGAUCGUGCACAGGAGAAAAUCCUGUCUUGUUUUUUACCUUCCGAGUUUUGUGGCGCAUGACUAGGAUUUGUCUGUGGCACAGCGACUUUGAGUCAACCGUUGAGCAUCUCUAUAGGCUGGUAAAUGGAUAACUAGGAUUUGAGGAAUGCAACAUUACGAGUGCUUUUAAAAGAAGCAACCUUGCAUUGGGUAUUAUUUGACGCCAUUUAAAAAAAUACUCUACUGUUGACGUGACUUCUCGAGAAUUUUGUCAAAAACGCAUGAUGUCUACGGGGCUGGAGAAAGUGGAUACCAUAGACGAUAUACAAGAAGCUUGCGAAUUAGUUAAAUCUUUUGGUCUUUCAACAAAAGGCUUAGAUUCCUUAAGUGAGGUGAAGAACAAACUUCGUGAGCAUUUAAAAGGGUUGGAGGAGACUUCGUCGCGAAAGAUUGGAGAGACACACGAAGUUAUCUCCAACGCUGGGAAAUCGGACGCUGACAAACGCAGAAAGUUGCUCGAUCUUUAUAAAAGAACUGAGCAGUUUAUGGGUCAGUUUGAGGCGGAAUUUUUGGAAAUACUUGAAAAGAGCUUCGAAGACCUAAAUAAAUCUUUGCAAGAGAGAAAACAGAAUGUUGAACCAAGUGAUCAGUACGUUGUUCUUGUUGCAGGUGAGACUAGCGCUGGAAAAAGCAGUGUAAUUAAUCUCAUCUUGGGAGAAGACCUUCUUCCCUCUAGAACACUAAGCACCACGUCCACAAUUUGCGAGCUGAAAUAUGGAGAAAAGCCGAUGGUCGGUGUACACUACAAGCCUAAUGGAACAAAAACUCCUGAACCAGCAUUCCACGAAUUGAAUGAUGGAAGUAAAACCUACAAAGAACAAAUCGAGAAGUUUGUGUACGUCAAAGAAGAUCGAGAGAAAACACCUUACGAGAAAAUUGAACUGUUCUUUCCACACCCUUUGUUUAAGGAGAAUGUAAUGAUCGUUGACAGCCCUGGUGUAGGAGAAAGCGAUGUCAUGAGUAGUUUUGUUCUCAACUACCUGCCGCGGGCCUUUUGUUUCAUGUACGUUCUCUGUACAUCCAAUGCUGGAGGAAUUCAGCCCGACAGGGUAAGGAAAAGGAACACUAGGUAUUACAAAUCUAAUCAAAACUAUAAUAGCAUUCUCGAACGUGAUUAGUUAUCACCCGAUUUGAGCACUAAUAGGACAGUGUACGCGUCACGCUUGUAAUUGGACAGUGUAA